AUGUUCGAAUGCCGUCUCCCGAAAGCUGAGGUUCUCAAGAAGACCAUGGACGCCCUCAAGGACUUGAUCAAGGAAGCAGUCUGGGACGUUUCCGCUCAAGGUCUAUCGCUCCAAUCAAUGGACAGCUCCCACGUGUCGCUCGUCCAAGUGACACUCCGAACUGAGGGUUUCGAAACCUUCAGAUGCGACAAAAACAUAGCGCUCGGCGUGAAUAUGGACACAAUGCAGAAACUCAUGAAGUGUGCAUCCAACGACGACAACAUCACCCUCAAAUCCGAGGACAACGGAGAUCUCCUCUCCUUGAUUUUCGAGAGCCCUAACGGCGACAAAACCUCCGAGUACGAGAUGAAGCUGAUGGAUCUCGACAUCGAGCAGCUCGGAAUUCCAGACCAGGAAUACAGCUGCACUAUCAAGAUGCCCUCUGGCGAGUUCCAGCGCAUCUGCCGCGAUCUUUCCAACAUCGGUGAGAGCGUCAACAUCACCGUUGUCAAGGGCGGCGUCGACUUCAGCGCCAAGGGUGACAUUGGCAACGCCAAGAUCCACGUCACCGAAAGUUCGAACGUUGACAACGAAAAAGACGCUGUCACCGUCGAGGUCAACGAGCCGGUCAACCUGACCUUCGCUCUUCGGUACCUGAACUUCUUCACGAAGGCAACCCCGCUCUCUGGCCAGGUCAUUCUCCAGAUCUCGCCAGACGUCCCCUUGGUCGUCGGAUACGAGAUCGAAGACCUCGGCCACGUGAAGUACUUCCUCGCGCCGAAGAUCGAAAACGAAGAUGACGAGUGA